GCACUUAUGGAAUCCUUGGUUAAAAAUAACGCUUCAUUUUGUCACAUGUCUCCAUUCCAUCAAGAAAUCUUGUAGAAGGGCACUCAACAUGCCUUUAAUGCCGAAUGUACCACACAUUGUUGGAGACGACGACGAUUUAAGCGAAGCGGAUGACCAAGCCCAAAUAGCCACACAGUGUACAGUGGGGGAUCCGAGUUCCCAGGAGAGAAAGACAGUCGACUCCCCCUCAUCGGAACUUUCGGAAUCUUCCUAUGAUAAUGACAGCGAAGCUGACGAGGAGGAUACGAAUAAUAGUACGGCAGAGGAGGAGGAUUGGUCCAACAAUAUUUCCUACAUAGUUCGCACUCCGGAACGUGAGCCGGAACAGUUGACUGUGGAACCUAAAAUUCCGAACGACUCCCCAAAAGUAUCUGACGUGGAACUGUCCGAGGACACAGCACAAACUGAAAAUGUCGAGGCAGUUGAUCACACCGAAGAUAUGGAUAUGCAAGAUGCGGAUGCACAACCAGCCGCAAAAGCUGAUCGUUUGGCAUCCAGUCAACGAAGCUCUCCAAUGGAAGAGAAUGCCAAAAUAAAUGAUGCAAUAUCUGUCAAUUCCACGCCAGAAAUGGAGUCGGAGUUGGCAACUAGAGACUCCGAGCUGGAGGAUAUGAGUGUGGACAAGCCGCACGCAAGCAGACCGGCGCGGCUCAAGGACUCGCCGCCCGGCAAGCCAGCUGGGUUGGAGUACUUCUCGCCGCCAUCACGACGUCAAUCGCUGCGUUCGGCAAAUCGCAGCAUCCAGAUCCAGACCAAAGCUGUGCUGCAACCGGCGGCCAAGACGGCGCGCAGUCGUCAGCGCAAAUCGAAGCCCAGCACCGACUGCUCGCCGGCGAAAACAAUUGGCGCACGAGUCGCCAAGCGUCCCAGGCAGUCGCUGACCCUGACGCUGAACAAGUCGCCGGUCAAGAAGUCGGACGAGCCGCUGGCCCGGCCGGUGGAGGUGACCGAGUACUUCACCAGCAUCUCCGCCACGCUGGUCAGCCAUCGGGUCAAUCUGCUGCCGUUUCUGUAUAUGCGCAAGCGCAUUGAUCGCUUGGUGGGCGAGGCCAUAGCCAAGACGCGGAUUCAGCGGGAAAACAAUCCAGUAAAUGCCAUUUAGAUAGAUUAUCAAAUUUUGUUAACAUUCUCAGCUAAAAAUGCAUCACCGAACAAAUAA